GAGAAGAAGAAGAUGCGAAAAGAGCCCUUUGGUUUGUAUUAACCAGAGGGCGAUCGAUUACAGGAAACACAGAGAAAAAGACAGGAGGGAGUGAGGUGAGGGAUAGGACGAAGACGGAUGAUGGAGUUGCAGAAGGCUUGCAGGUCAUUUGAUCCUGGAUUCGAUGAUUCGACACAAGGAUCUGAGAUUUGACUGCGGAUUUCGGAAUAAAUGCUACUCUGUGGAUCUAUUACUUCCUGGAUUGGUCAGAUUUUUGCAUGCAUGGGAGGUUGUCUUGGAUGCUGUACUAAGCCCACACCGAUCAUCGCUGUGGACGAGCCAUCAAAGGGACUGAGAAUCCAAGGUCGUACAGUGAAGAAACCUAGCAUAUCUGAGGAUUUUUGGAGCACCAGCACAUGUGAGAUGGACAACAGUGCAGUUCAAUCUCAGAGAAGCAUUUCUUCAAUUAGCACCUCGUAUCAAGUAGAUCCCCACGGAGUUGGCAGUACCAGCAACCCUACUGAGUUUGUUAAUCAUGGUCUUCUUCUCUGGAAUCAAACUAGGCAGCAAUGGGUUGGAAAUAGAAGGUCUGAGAAUCGGACACAACAGGUCCAAGAACCCAGGUUAAGUUGGAAUGCGACAUAUGACAGUUUACUUGGAACCAACAAGCCAUUCCCCCAGUCUAUACCACUCUCUGAAAUGGUAGAUUUUCUUGUGGAUGUCUGGGAGCAGGAGGGGAUGUAUGAUUGAUCAAAAGAAAUCCUGUAAAAUAUGCAAUGGGUUUCUGGAGAUCAGGACACCACUGCCACCAUUGUAAUUUUUAAAAUGCUUUGGUAUAGGAAGGGGAUUGAGCACUGUCAUGUCUUUCUACCCAAAAAAAGGCACUGUCAUGUCAACUGUAAUAUUAUUCUAAUGCUGUUCCCUACCAAAUAUCCAAUCUUUUCUCUUCUUUCGGUUUUUAGAACAUGCUUAUCCAUCGAAUUCAAUCUAAUAUAUAGAAAUUGCAGCCCACAGGUUUUUAGCCCGA